AUGUCUGAGGAAGUUUCUGAUGACAGCCUACGUGGACGCUCAAUUUCUCGUGCACCCAGAAAUCCAAAAGCAAGCUCCACUGUAUGUUCCUCGAACGAUCAAUUCGACAAAAGUAUGAAAUCUAGGGAUCCAUUGCUUAGAAAACUGGACCGAGCAGGCGAUCUGUGGCGAACCAGGGAAGGAAUUGUGAUAUACUGGCACGGGUAUAAACUUCAAUAUCAAGACUUGAUGGACGGAAUAUGGAAAUGGUCAGCAAGCGGAGGUGAACAUGCACGGAAAAAGCUAGUAACCUAUAUUCAGCAUGAGCGAAAACCUAAGCACGAGAAACGUGUAGGUUUGUCUGAUUUUGUCUGUCAGUAUCGCCAUAAACUUUUAGACGAGCAUAUACAAAGGAUUUAUGGUGACUUAUACUUGAUUGGAGUUAGUUGGAAAGAGAUGAUUGAUUUUCUAGCUAGGCCAAGGUCUUCGUCCUCAGCUUAUCAUCAAAAGCUAGGACAGCUUGAAAGCAAACUUCGAUUCUAUUUGAUGAUUUCCUUGAGAGAAUAUAAUGGACUUCCUUUGGAUCCUAGCAGACCAGGUGAAGCAAGUUGGCCGAUCUGGGACUUAUCAAGUGAUGGGGACGGUUGCACGGGAUGGGAUAUCAUUGAGGUUUCUUCCUCAGAGUCAUCCGCCUCAAGUCAAAAUGGCUUCCCUUUCCAGUUUUCACUGCGAGAGCUAAAAAGCUUUACAUCUGCAGCUAGGUCUUCAAGUUCUGUUCCUCAUCGGAAUCGAAGAAAAGGCUCGACGAACAGUGGAUCGCGACACUCCGAAAAGAUAACGCAGACUGAAAAAAGGAGCAGCAAUCGGAGACGAUCUAUAGAGUCUGGAUCACAGCGUUCUGACCAAUCCAAGAGCCUGGAUGAUGUCGUGUCAUCUUCUAGAGGCAGGCAAAAAAGCAAAGGUCGACGGAAGAGUUGUCAGGUAGAGAAAGCUGACACUAAAUCAUUCGAAUCAAGUUUGAAAGCCAGCCCAACUCAUCGAGUAGACUCGGAGAAUGGAGACCAACAUCUUAAAUUGACCAGGGAUCAAACCGGAAACAAAGAAAAAUCAGGUCACUCUGUUGCCUCGAAGGCUGGUCGCAGUCGUUCUAAGCAUCGAGAGACAGUGGCAUUGGUGAAACAUAAAGGAACAUAUUUUGACGUCACAAGCGGGACAAUUAAAAAACCCUAUGUAGCUCAACACAAGCCACCAACAGCAGAGACAUCCCCCAACACUGGGUUGAUGACCAAUGUCAAUGAUUGA